AUGAUUAAUUAUCAAGGUAAAUUGGUUCUUGGGCCAAUGGUAAGGAGUGGUGAACUUCCUACCAGACUUUUAGCAUUAAAAUACGGAGCGGAUUUAGUAUGGAGUCCAGAAAUCAUCGAUAAAAAGAUUAUCACCUGUAAAAGAGUACAUAAUGAAAAACUCAAUACCAUAGAAUAUUUAGAUUCUCAUAAUAAGAUCAUUUUCAAUACUUAUAAACCCAUUGAACAAUCAAAAUUAAUCUUUCAAAUGGGUUCUGCUAACCCUGAGAUAGCUGUUGAAGCCGGAUUGAAAGUAAUUCAAGAUGUCGAUGGUAUAGAUUUGAAUUGUGGAUGUCCAAAAGGGUUUUCAGUUCAUGCUGGAAUGGGUGCUGCUUUACUUUCUACCCCCAAUCUUCUUUGUGAUAUCCUUAAGAAUCUCGUACUGAAAGUCGGAGAACCUAAUAAGAAACCUAUCAGUUGUAAGAUCAGAUUAUUGAGUAAUCUCAAUGAUACUCUUGAAUUGAUAGAUAAGAUCUGUCAAACAGGGAUCAAGAAUUUGACCGUACAUUGUAGAACCAGAGAUAUGAGGAAUAGACAAGACCCGAUCCAUGAUUAUAUUCCCGAAAUCAUCAAAUUGACCGAUAAGUAUAAUAUAAGUUUCAUAAUCAAUGGGAAUAUAGGGAGUUAUUUCGACUAUCUCAAGUUGAAGGAGAAGUAUGGUGAUAAGAUAAGUGGAAUGAUUGCAGAGAGUGCAGAAUCAAACCCUUCAAUCUUCAGUCCCAACCCAUUACCAUGGAAUAAAUUGAUUUUAGAGUUCCUCACUGUUUGUCAUAAGUUCAAUAAUCACCCGGCCAACACCAAAUACAUUCUUUUGAACCAAUUGGGCACCAAAUCCAAAUAUUACCCGAUGUUUGCCAAACUUAAGAACAAUAAAGAUAUGUUAAAGCUUGCUUAUGAGUUACAAAAAGAUGAGGAAGAGAAAUUCUACAAUUACUUGAAAUAUAGACAUCUCCAGAAAGACGAAAUGAUCAAGAUGGAUGAUUACAAGCAGCUUUUGAAGGAAUAUGAGGUCAAGAGUGUGGAAAGUAAUGAAGAAUUGGAUAAAUUAACAGAUUUUGAUUUCAAUGAGUUUGUUUCAACCACCAAACCUCCAAUCACUUCCACUGAAAACAAAGAGAACGAAUACAAAAAGAGAAAGAACCAAGAACCAGACGUUCCUACCACUAAAAAACCAACCUUAUGA